AAACAACACAUCUUGGAAUAAUGCGAGAAAAUGGGUGAAACGUCCAUCUACAGUUGGAAGGUUUUUCGUCGUGGGACAUUAACCGAUGCUGUAUUUUAUGUAUCAACCGCUUUUACUUACUAUUUGAGUAAUAUUUUUUAAUUUUUUUUUGUUCCUAAUUUAUAAUUAAAAGAAGCGUUUGAGGAAUUUAUCUCUCAGACAAUUUUCCACAAGAGAAAGACUAUUUCUUUUUAUACAUGAUUUUUGGUUACAGAUUUUGAAUAUUUUUCCAAUGUUUAAUACAAAUUGUCACUAUAUUUGCUUUUAGAAAACAUUUUGCACGAAUUAGUGGUUCGUCUUCCGAGAAAAAUUUAGGUGCAACGAGCUGUAUAAUUGCCACAAUUACAUUUGCAGCUCCUGUAGAAAAGAAAUUUUACAAAUUUAAUCUUUAUUAAGAAAAUACAAGUAUUGGCAUGGCUGUUAUUCAAUGAUUUAAGUAACGAAAUUAUAAAAAUUGGGGCCGAAAAUCAGACUGAUCAUCACGUAACACCGCCAAACGUAAGCCCCCUUGAGCCAGCCACUGAAACAAGUCAAGAAAGUGAAGCCUCUUUGAUGAAAUCUCAAUUGUCCAUUGUCUCUGUCCAAUGCGACAAUGAACACCCUAUUGUGCUUGUUUCUCCUCGGCUCGGCUUUCGCCUCGCCUAAAAAAUACCACCCGGAUGAAGGUUUCCAGCCCUCUUCAGUAAAUCGCUACUACGAGUCUGAUUUAUCGGCAAAUUCCUCCAAACUGGAGAAAAAGGACGAAAAUUCGGACCGCCUCCGGUUUGGAAUUCCGGUUAGUUCGUACGGAAGCACCGGGAACGGGGUCCAGUACGGGAGCAACAGCGGCGUUGGCUAUGUUUUCAGUCCGAUGAAAAUCGACGUUGGGGGCAUAGCCUUGGGGGCCUUGAUCGGCCUGGGGGCGGUUCUGAUCGUCCCGAAACUGGCGGCGGUUUUCGCCGGCGGGCACGGAUACCGAAGUUUGGAGAACGAUAUGUCGGCAAUUACGGACGUUUUGGCCCGAAUUGAUAAUUCGCUAGAGCAGCACAAUAUUGACAGUAGUACGUGUAUGCAGAGGGUGAUUUGUACGUAUGUUAACGAGGCCCAGAGGAACAUGAUGACUGGGGAAGCGAAUACUUUAGAUCAGUUUAUCUAUGCUGUGGCCAAUAACACUCUGUUUUCGUAUAUGCUUGACGGUACUGCGGUCAAACAAGCCGUAGAUAUGGGCAAAGAAGGAGAUAUCGAAAAAUGUGCGUCUUUGUAUGCAAAGUGUCCCAUAAGUAAGGAAAAUGUGAUGAAGGUGAUUGCGAGUUUGCUUCCAGCUUAAAAUGCUCGAACUGUAGUUAUGUAUUUAUUUUUUGUAGAUUAGUACUGUUCAAAUAAAACAUUAUUUUUAA